AUGGAAGAAGACGGCGUAGGCGACCUUUCCACGGCACCCCCCUUGCCAGACGGCCCUCCCAGGGGCCCCCCGAGCUCCCGGGGGCCCCCGUCUUCGCGACGAGGCCCCCGAGGCCCCAACGGUCCUUCGGGUUACCCUCGGCGCCGCUUUCCGAACGCAACUGCCUUCACCUUUGACACCUUGCGGAGGCACAUUAUCACAGUCGGCGAUGACGCAUGCCUCAUUCCCACGCAGAUCAUCAACUUGUCACAGGCUGUAUCGGAUGCUGUCAUAGCUUACAGGGAGCAGAGGGCUACCCGCGAGGAGGGUGCAGCUAACUCUACGGAGGACAGGGCCCCAGGUGCUGAGCCAGCAGAGGAGUUUAUGGCUGGCGACGCGUCGGCGUCAGCAGAAGAAAAUGCGACGCUCAAGCAAAAGUUUUGUCUAGAGACCGCCUUGGUAGAACUCUUCGUUGACUGCGCUGCAAGACUUCCAGUGAAGACCGUGAUUGCCGUGAUCAAAAACUUGUUGCAGACGGCGAACGAGCUGCCGCAGACUACGGCGGAGCACACAGCGCACGCGGCUAUGAGCGCCCUCCCUUGGCUCAGUGUCAAGACGUAUGAGCUGCAUCACGCUGCUCUUGUGGAGGUGUUGGACUGCCCCAAUACGACUCCAGACAAGGAAACAGCUCUGCUUUUGGCGGCAUGUCAGCCCUUUACAGGGCCCUUUGCUUCCAGAGGGGCAGCAGCGGCAGGAGGCGGAGCGCAGGAGGCCUCUCAGGGGAUCCUCGCAGCUGCACAAGACGAUGCAGCGGACGCGCAGGAGGCAAAAGCUACUCCUGCCCUCGUUCCCUCAGACCGCCUCGCCACGCUUCUGGAUGCCAUCGACGCGAUGAUUGAUGCAGAGUGGCAUUCGCGCGCAACUUUGCGAUUUUACCAGUCCAGCGAGCUGCUGCCGCUCCUAACUCCGCAGCCUCAGGGGUCUAUUCCGCUGCUAGACUUCCCACCGGUGCUCGUAGAGGCCUCCGAAUUGGCAGCUCUCAAAGUCUCCCCCCUCGAUUCUCUGUUGCGCCUGCCUGCGACGCUCGAGCACGUGGACGUGCCGCUCCCACCUCACGAUCAGUGGAUUCUCGAGGAUCACUUCCUAACGACGCUGCGCAACUUCAUCUCAGACAUCUCGCUCUGUGCAGAACAACUCCUGAGGAUUCCUGUGGAUCAUCCGCAAUUCGAAUAUUCUCUCGUCGAGACGCUGACAGACUUCUUUGGGUACUGGCUAAAUGUGUGGGGGGGCCCCUCGAAGCUGCUGGAGGAGUGGCUCGGAGUUGGAAGGGCCCCGCCGCCAGUCAAGCUCUUCGUCAAGCUCUCUCUUGAGAAAGCCAUGCGGAUCAACUACCCAGACGCACUUGCACUGUCUGUGCCUGAGUGCGCGAGAGACUUUAGGCCCCCGCGUGCCGUUGCAGAUAAUCCAUAUCUUUGCCUCAAUCCAGGCCCUGCAUGCGGUAGAUCUGGAGGGGGCCCCCCCUCCGAAUCUCAGGCGUCGUCUGGAGGGGGAGGCGGAGGGUCUGGGGGGGCCCCUCCGCAGGGGCUUGUGGAGUUUUCGUUGAUCCGGCAGAUGCUGCGUUUUUCGUUUGACGGAGAUGACGCAAGGAAGGAGAGUGUCUUCCGAGUGUAUCAGCUGCUUCUGUCUCUCCUAGGGAAACACAAGAGCAAGGGCUCGCCAGCAGCCUCCCGCAAGACCGCACAGGAAGAAGAGGAGCAGCAUGCAGGAGCCGCCGAUGGAGCCUCUUCAACGAUGGAGACAGAUGCUCCGGAAGGCACUGCUGCAGCGAAUGGCCUUUGCAGCCCUUCCGAUCGUAAAGCCGACUCGGAAGUCGCUCGCGACUCAAGCACGCGGGAGGAGUUAGAACCAGAGGCUGCUGCAGAGGACGCUCAGCGCCUCAAUACGUCCGUAUUGCACCACUGCGAGAAGGACAUGGAGAGCGACCCCUGGAAGUUGGAGGAAAUCCUCAAGCUUUUUGUGUUCUGUCUCCUCUCCUUUGGCAGCAAGACGCAGACGCACCUCAACCGCCUGCUCCGAAACUACGCAGAAGUCUUCCUUCUGUUCGCGCAAGGCGCAGAGGCGCACACGAUGGACAGCCUAAAAGACAUGCAGAUGCCCGUGGAAGCCUCCGAGCGGGGUGACAUCUACCCUGCCGUCUUGCAGGCCGUUCAAAAGUACUGGGCGUUCUCCCAACAAAAAUUGGCUCUGACGCUUCACGCAUUUCUGAAAGUUGGCAUUCUUAAGCGGCAGCGAGUUCUGCAGCUGCUUUGUGAAGCGAACACAGAAACUCGCGAUUCCUGGGCGUAUUUGGAGUUGAUAGAGGCUGUUCUUCGGGGGGCUGUCGAUGAAUGCGAGACUGCAAGAGAAGAGGCGGCAGCCACUGGCGCAUCGAAGCCUACAUAUACAGAAGCAGAGGAGUUGUUGCACUUCUACCUCAUGCAUCUACUGAAGGAUCUGAGAAUGGAAGAGGCCCCCCCAAGAAUCCGCUUCCUCUACUUGCGGUGUCUUUUUAUUGGCCGCAAGUAUGCCGAGUUUGUCGACGUGCCAAGGCUGAAGGAAGAGGUUUGUGCACAGGUUGAGGGCAUCGAGGAUGCAGAUUCGCGGAUAUCCAAUUUAUUGACCAUCGUGGAAGAGGUCCAAAAAAAGUUUUGUUUCAAGGAGCUUCCACAGUGCCCACAGCAGGAAGAGGUGAUGGCUUGA